AUGCAUGCGCAGUUGGAAUUUGGGUUCAAAAAAAUCUACGCCAUAUUGGUCAGCAUAGUGUAUUCUAGUUUCUGGCAUUUAGAAAUUAGCGGUUCUUGUUUCGUUUGGGCUUUUAGCGCUUACUUUGUUGGUUUUUAAAACAUAUCGGAUUUACUGUCGAGUGACUAAAGUGACAAAACGAGUGCAUUUUUAACAAAAAAACGGGAUUCAGGAAAGGUUUGUUAGAUUACAAAAGUUGAAUGGAUCCGAGGGUAGCUUGGAUUCAACCAGAACAGGAAGGACCUGCUAAUGCCUUGUGGAUGCAUAUAUGGGAGACCUCUCAGGGAGUCCAGGCGAACUCAAGCCAUCACCGUUACCACAAUAUCGCUGUCAACUCGCCGGCUUUGGACUCCAGUUUUUUUAAAAAUGUAACAGCUGCGGCUUCUAAAAGCUGCUGCAGCAGUAGCAGCCAUCAGAGUCGUGCUCCUGCCAGCCAGAGCACUAGCAGCAGCAGCAGCAGCAGCAGCAGCAAUUAUGUUACUGUUUCUACCAGUAUUUCAAACAGCAACGCAAACUGUCGUCAUUCUAACCAGCACACCAGCGCGUCAAAGGAAGGCGAGUGGAAAAGGUUACAAAAGACCCCCUCUGUAUCUUCAUUUACUUCCUCCUCAGUGGAGUCUGGCACAGAAAGCCCCUCUCCCACAUUUUCUUUGGGAAGGACUAGUAAUGAUGAUAUAAAUAACAAGUCUGCUGGUAGCAACUUAUUUUUCAAUUUCAGCGAGAACUUGUACAAUGUGAAUAAUCACAGCAACCAGCAGCAGCAAAACCACAAUCGCCAUAAUUAUCACAGCCCAACUACGACUAGUAUAAACCACCACCCAGGCCGGAGGAAAAGUGAAAAUAAAGCGAGCACCUACGGGAUCAACUACCUGCUUUCUAGCUGGAAUAACAGCAAUUAUCAGCUUUGCUCCGGGACCCCCUGGAAAAAAAGGAAAUAUAGCCCAGGGAUUAAUGGCCUCCAUGAAGAGAUUGUUGACUUCUAUGACUUCAUGUCUCCACGUCCUCAAGAAGCAGCUAUGCGUAAAGAAGUGGUGAGGAGGAUAGAAACCGUUAUAAAAGACCUGUGGCCGACAGCCGAUGUUCUGAUUUUUGGCAGCUUUAGUACAGGGCUUUAUCUCCCAACAAGUGAUAUUGAUUUGGUUGUCUUUGGGAAAUGGGAGCGACCCCCUUUGCAGCUAUUGGAACAAGCACUAAGGAAACACAACGUGGCUGAGCCUUACUCAAUUAAAGUCCUCGACAAAGCUACGGUACCAAUAAUCAAACUCACUGACCAAGAGACUGAAGUAAAAGUAGACAUCAGUUUCAACGUAGAAACUGGCGUGAAGGCAGCUAAGUUUAUCAAGGACUGCAUUGAGAAAUAUACCAUUCUGCCUUACUUGAUAUUUGUAUUAAAGCAGUUCCUCCUUCAGAGGGAUUUGAACGAGGUUUUUACGGGUGGGAUUAGCUCUUACAGCCUCAUUUUAAUGGCCAUUAGCUUUCUGCAGUUGCACCCAAGAAUUGAUCCCAGAGGACCCAAUGUAAAUCUUGGCAUUCUUCUGAUUGAAUUCUUUGAGCUUUAUGGAAGGCAUUUUAACUACUUGAAAACCGGUAUUCGGAUUAAAAAUGGAGGAGCUUAUGUUGCCAAAGAAGAAAUCAUGAAAGUCAUGACUAAUGGCUACAGACCGUCCAUGUUGUGCAUUGAAGACCCUUUUUUGCCAGGAAAUGAUGUGGGCAGGAGUUCCUAUGGUGCCAUGCAAGUGAAACAGGUGUUCGACUAUGCCUACAUUGUGCUUGGUCAUGCUGUAUCGCCACUUGCAAGGUCUUACCCCAACAAAGACUCUGAGAGCACUUUAGGUCGAAUAAUUAAAGUGACCCAAGAAGUUAUAGAUUACAGGGAAUGGAUCAUAAAGAAGUGGGGAGGGAGAAGUAGCCCACGGUUGGAUCUUUGUGAUCCAGGUCUAAAGACAUCUGAGCAGAUUGUACACAGCAGCCUGAAUCUUGUCGGUGAGCAACUGCAGAACCGUGAUUCUGUGUCACCACCCAGCAUUGAUUCCCCGAUGUCCAUGUCCAGCCCCCAACAGCACUCCUCUGGCUCAUCGGCAUCCUCUGUCUCGUCACUGUCUGGAAGUGACAUUGACUGUGAUUCAACUCCCUCCCCAUCCACAAACAUUCACCCAUUUCCAAUCCAAGCUCUAAAGUUGGCCUCGCUAGCGCCUGCACUGCAAAUGCCAAAUGGGAAGCCAAAUCUGCCUGGGGCAUUGAUAAUGUCUUCCAGCUCCCAAGCUAGGCCGUCUAUCCCAGGUGCCCUUGUUACGUCACUGCCUGGCAGACGGGUUUGUAUAGAAGGGGCACCUCCUUUGAAUGCUGUCCUUCAUAUGCCCCCUCCUGCUGCUCCCCCUGCCUCCCACUGCCCUCUGCCAAGUCCACACCUGCAUCAUAAGACACACAACGGGCCUAAAUAUUCCAUAAAAGGAGUUCAUAUCCCAGGGACUGCCCACAACCCCACGAUGGGGGCCAUGAAGCAGCCUGUUAACACCCGGGGGCACAAUCAAUACAACCGACCCACCUGGCGGAGAAGGAAGCACAUGAGAGAAAGCUUACCUGUCGGCCUUAGUACAUAAGAAGAUUGCUUCUCUGUCUUGAAGCUGGAGUUCAGUGACUUCUAAUCAUUUUUAUAAAUGCCAGACAGAGAAACAAGACCAGCAUUCUCUAAUUCAGCCUGUGGAUAUCCCUGCAUAUCUGCUGCUGAUUCUUUGCAUGCUUCCUGUACGGUGGUUAAGAACCCAUCUUGCAGAUGAUUUUGUUCAGUGCUGAAUAUCUGUGAAGACUUGUUUUUGGAUGUGUGUUUGGUUUUUGGGUUUUUUUUCUUUUUUCUUCAUUCAGUACUGGACACGGCUCAAGUUGAUGACCUGCAAGAGCGUGAGGACACAACUGCCUUUCUGUUUUAAGCACUACUGUCAAAGAAAUGGCAACUUCAUGACUUCUACCCUUUUUGUCUUUCAAAGAUGACCUGUCCUUUCUUUUUUCAUACUCAUUACAGACUUUUUUUUUACUAUGUGUACAUAAUGGAACAAAUUGUUUAUCAUUUGUGCAAUAACUGUUUUUAGAAGAAAAAAAAAGAAAAUUGUUAAAUGUUAUGUUAAUGUUGGAAGGGUUUUGUUUUUUUUUUUUGGGGGGGGGGGGGGGGGUUGCUUUGUGUUUACAAACUUCCCAGGUUGCAUUCUUUCAGGUUUAACAUUUUAAAUGAACAGAAUGUUGAAUGGAACAAUGGUUUGUUAGGAGAGGACUCCUCUUAAUGAUACACAAAGGCAAAACUUCCCUCUAUUGGGAAGGUAAGUUAGGUUGCUGAACUUCCAUGAAAACUGCAGUGUGUAUGUAUAUAUAUUUUUUCCCACCAGAUGAAGCUGUUGUACAAAUAGUGCUUUGAAAGCUCAACCUGAUGGAAAUGGAUGUUCCUGGAGAACCUGCCUGUUUCCACAAAAAGCCUGAUUAUGUGGUGUUUUUUUGUUUUAUUUGUCUAUGUGGGAUAAAAGAUGGCAGUACCAGAAAUGUUUUAUUUAUCUUGUAUGAUGUUUUAUGCAAGUAGCUGAAUAUUCAGGGGUUAUUUUUUUUGUGUUUUGUGUUCUCUCUGAAUUUCAGUGCCAGUGUUUUUAUUCUCUUGAAAUAUUCCCUAAAUAUGUCAGGACCCACGAUUUUCUCCAGUGCAGGAUAAAAUGAAGAUGGUACAGAACUUGCUUUUCUCAUAGUUUCUGCUUCUGGGGUCUUAGUUGUCUGUCAGACAUUUUACUUGUUUUAAAUUUUUGUCUCGACAAUUGCUAUGGUGGAGUCCCAGAAACAUGUCUCUUUGAAUUAACCACAUGAAGGGGGUGGGGGUGAGGGGAAGUCAUAUGAAAGUGCAGUGAAUUAAGAACAGAUUCAAAUCUGUGUUGGUUUAUGUAACCUGUGUUUUAUGCAAGGGACCCAAAAAAGCAUUUGCUUAAGUGGUACCCAGUAAACCGAAUGUGGAGAAAAGGAAUUAUUUUGAUUCAGUUUGGGUAAUCUGUACAGCAGUAUGCAUUUGUUCUGUUAAGAGCAACACACAUUUUGUUUACAGUAUUGCAUCGUGGUGCAGCAAGUAUGUGGUGCACACACUGUAUUGCUGGCACUUAUAAAAUUUACUGAUGCAUACAGGUAUACUAUGCAAGUUUAUCUUUUUUUUUUCCUACCCCCAAUUUUUAUGAAUUCCAUGGUGACAACUUGUUACCGUUUUGAACGAAGGAUCAGACUGUCUAGCCCUGAGUUUUAAAUGCACCAUGGUGAUUCCAAUGGAUAAGUUGCAAUCAUCCAUGAUGCUUGUUUUGUGUAAGUUUAGAGAAGCUAUUUGUUUUUUAAAUUGCGGUUACCUAUCUCCAAUGAGCACUAGUAGGCAAUAUACCUUCCAACAGUGGUUGAAAGCGUGUUUUAAGAGGCAUUUCCAUAACUUUCAAAAUGUUGGCUUGAAAAAGAGACUUAAGCAGAGUUUCAUAUGUUGCUGUUUUAAAGGCAUAAAACAUUGGAUCAGUUCAUCUUUAGCAGCAAGAACGCCAACUGCCAGAUUGCAUGCAAUUAUUUAGAUAAUAUUUCUCACUUUGUUUCUACAUUCCAGUGUAGAGGUGCAAUUUACAGUUCUCUACAGUCAUUUAAAUCGGAAGUGCAUUACAUGCAAAUGCUAUCAUGUUUCAUGCUACGGUAUAUGGAUUUUAUCCAGUUUUAUGUAAACACUUAGUGCUUUUGUAUUUAUGCAAUAGUACUCUAAUUGGCUUUUGCUAUGACUGCCUUUAAACGUGACAGACAUUUUAGUGUUAGAUUUCUCGCAUCAUGCUCCAUUAGUCAUGAUGAACCAGAAAAAAUUGCCUGGCUGCCACUGGUUAUAUCUUAACUGGUCACGACACCGAAGGAAGUAUCAUGUUUAAGUGUUGGGUUGUGUUUUUUUCUGUUUGUUUUUUUUGUUUUUGCUUUUGUUUUUUCCUUUUCUAUUUUGAUUUAUUUUUAAUAAACUUCUUAAAACAA